AUGAAAUUUACAAAUAUCAUCACUGCAUCAUUGAUUGCCACCUCAGUUACUCAAGCUGCUGUUAUUCCACAAGAUAAUGAAUACCUUGCUGUUAGAGCAGAUUCUAGUAAUCCUAUUUCUGGGCUCCUUGGUGGUGUUCUUGGUGGUGGAAGCGGUGCUAGUGGUAGUGGUGGUGCUCCACCAGCAUCUGGUUCUGCUGCUGCUCCUGCACAAGCUGAUGCCACUGGGUCUGCUGCUCCUGCUGCUGAUCAACAAGGUGCUGCUGCUCCAUCCGAUCCAAUUUCCCAAGUCAUUGGUCUUGUUUCAAAUAUUUUAGAAGGUGGAUUUAGUACCAGUGGUGCUUUAUUGCACAAUAUUAUUGGUAAAAGAGAUGAUUCUUCUGCUGCUCCAUCCGAUCCAAUUUCACAAGUCAUUGGUCUUAUUUCAAAUAUUUUAGAAGGUGGAUUUAGUACCAGUGGAGCAUUAUUGCACAACAUCAUUGGUUAA